UCGAGCUGGUUGUGAAAAGGUUCUGGAACAUUUGCUGUUUUCAGAGGAGCAAUGAGCUGCCAAUACAGUCUCUUAUUUUUAUUCCUCUGUGGCUUUGCUGCGCUCACUGUUGCAGAGAUAUGUAAAACAGAACUACUAGAGGGAACGUCCUGCACCCUGAAGCUGCCAACAACAAACACUGACAAAUCUAGUGAGAUCAAAUGGGUCCAUACCAGCAGUAACGCUGUCAUUCUGAGGAAAAAUAAUAAGAACAGAUCAAACACUCCAGGUCUAACACUGGAAGAUGAUGGAUCAUUAACAUUUGAAAGCGUUAGUCUGAAGAACACCGGCAAAUAUGCAUACGCUGUUUUUAAUUCUGACGGUACACUGAUUGGUGCUGGAGAAAAGGAAAUUAACGUUUAUGCAAAGGCUCCUAAACCUACUGUGAAGAUCGACUGCAAAGGUGCUGACGCUACACUCACCUGUGACAUUAGAGACCGUACAGAUCUGACUGUCUCCUGGUAUAAAGAAGACAAUAUCAUCCAGAAUGAAAACAACCCAAAACUGCUCUUGACAUCUGCUCACAUACAGGAGAAUAAACCGUACUCAUGCAGUGUAAGCAAUCCUGUCAGCUAUCAUCAAAGUGACAGUGUUACAGUACCAUGUCCUACGGGUGAAGGUGACACAGGUCCUCCUAAACUCUUUGGCUUUGAUUUCUGGAUCAUGGUGAGCAUUUUGGCAGGUUCAGGAGCCCUUCUGCUGCUGCUGAUAUGUGUUCUUUUGUUUUCUAACCAACGCAAGAAGCACCAAAAAGAUGAGAGGGAGUUCAGGCUGAGGAAUAUUCAAGCUCCAGCUCCUACCAAAACAGAUCCAAACACAGCGGGAACAUCUCAUUACAAAUGACAACCUGAGUGUUCAUACUU